AUGAUCUCGUCCGACAGAACUUCUGGCAAGCUGUCUCCAUGGACUAAAUCCGUGAUUGCCGGUUCAGUGUCGGGUAUGGCAAGUGUAACGAUUUGCCAUCCUUUUGACACAAUUCGCACGCGGCUGCAGCUGUCACCAACGCGAUUCCGCGGCUUCUUUCAUUGCGCCCAUCAAACCAUUCAGCAGGAAACCAUGCGCGGUCUUUACAAAGGUUUUUUGCCGCCAUUUUUCAGCCAGGGCGUCUACAAAGCCGUGAUUUUCACCACAUCUUCCAUUUUGCGUAACGAUGUUCUGCCGCAUCUGUCACUAUUUCAGCCUGUUCUUACUCCAACGGUUGUGUCACUGACGGCUGGAGCGGUCGCAGGUGGCGCUAACGCCUUCCUGGUAGCACCCGUGGAGCUCGUACGCAAUCGACUACAGGUUCAGUACAACAAUCGGCCAGAGACGCAGGUAUAUCGAGGAGUAUAUCACUGUAUCACUCAAGUGAUGCGCACGGAGGGCAUCAUGGCCAUGUGGAAGGGUCUGACAACCACUGUAAUUCGAGACUCGUUAGGUGUAGCUUUUUAUUUUCUUGGUUUUGACUUUGCCAGACGACGCCUGACUGAAAGUGGAAAGUUUGGAAAGACAGCAACGCUACUCACCGCUGGUGCAUUUGGUGGUAUUAACUUCUGGGCGGUAGCACUGCCAUUUGACACGAUCAAAACGCUCAUCCAAGCGGAUGGUAGGACAGGCAAGUACACAAGUUUUAGAAUAAGUGUGGCAAAAUUAAUACGCGAAGAGGGCAUAAUGCAGCUCUUUCGUGGAUGGCAAGCAGCAUUCUUUCGUGGAAUCCCAAGUGCCGCUAUCACGUUUUGGACUUUUGAAAGCGCAAGCAAUAUUUUGAAUGAGAUUUGA